CUGGCAGAGGAAGACGUCGCAGGGCAAAGAGUCCAGAGGCCGAGACCGUCAACAGCAAGAGACCACGAAGGGAAACCGAAACGUUCUAGAGAUCAGCAAAGUGAAACACCGAGUCCCAAACCGAGUCCUGGCAGGUUCUGGAAAACAAGAGCGAGCUGCAGACGAGACGGCGAAGACGCAGCCAGAGACGCCACGAAGGAUUCUCUGGAGAAGUAAAACCACGUAGAGCGAAGGCCAAAUCUCCAGAAGAGACGAUGAAGACCACCAAAGUAAAACCACGUGGAGCGAAGGCCAAAUCUCCAAUGGAUUCCAUCCUGCACACAACUCUGCAACGCUUGAAGAUCAGAAAGGUCGAAAGAUCGGCUGCGGAGGAAGUCGUCAAUAGAAUAUUAAAAACUAUAAUGGAUCACUUGAAAGAGAACAGCCAGAGCUUUAGAGAAGUAGAACCCUGGCUGGGCAUCGAGAGCUACUAUGAGAACGUGAAGAUUUCUAACCCCGAUGAGUUCGAUGUCAUGCUGCCCGUUCCCGUGAAGCAAGUGGACGUUCAUCCGUUCGGAGGCGACGGAGCUUUGUACAGCACGUUGUCCGCCAACAGGGUGCUCCAGAAGUUCAGGGACGAGGUGGAGAAAUACAUCAAGCAAUGUACAGGCGGAGCAGGAGCAGGUGCAGGUGCAGGUGCAGGA